CCCUACGGCUCUACUACAUAAACCCUCCCCUCCCCCACGGUUCACACAGAAACUCACAUCACGCUCCUUCACGCAUUCUAUCAAACAUAUGACCUGCACACGCAUUCACACGCCCGUCAUUGAAGAGGAAACAGAACCAGAACCCACUGAAUUCAAAAAACCGACCAGCCGCUUUGAAUCCGAAUCGUCGUCCAAACUGGGUUCCAAGAACAAGAAGCGAGCUUGUCAGAGCGAACCGGACACCCAGUUUCGAGGGGUCCGAAAGAGGAGCUGGGGCCGGUAUGUCUCGGAGAUACGGUUGCCCGGUUCAAAGACCCGUGUGUGGUUAGGGUCAUUCGGGUCGGCCGAGAUGGCAGCUCGGGCUCACGACUCGGCCGCCUUGUUCUUGAAGGGAAACUCGGCGUGCCUCAACUUCCCCGAGUUGGCUGAGUCGCUGCCUCGGCCCGAGUCGUGUUCCAGGAGAGAUAUACAAUCGGCGGCUUCUAAAGCCGCCCUUCUUGAGCUUGCGGAUAAUCGUUCCGGGUUAGGCACAGCUGGGCAAUGUGUUGAACCGGACUUUUGGUGCGUGUUCGAUGAUGAUUUUGGUACUGAUUUGGGCAGCAUCACGUCGUUUGAAGAAGCGAAAGAAGCUCCCCUACCGAGUCCGCUGAGGUUUGAAGACUCAACAACUGAAGAGUUUGGUCAGCUGCUGGACGAUGAUGAGUUUUUUUUGGCAUCCUGUUUCCAUAUGUAAAUAAAAAAAAUAAAAAAAAAAUAUAAAAAAAUUGUAUAUGUAGACUAUGUAGUUAUUAUAUAUUGAGAAACUCCUAAUUAGAAGUUGGAAAUUUUUAUAUA